GGUCCAGCCUUGGAAGUCGUUCCCAAACCGGUGCGGCCGCAUUUCUGCACCGACAUCAGAGGCUGGAAAUUCCUCUUGAUCUGCAGUUCAAAGCCUCCCUGAGGAUGAGGCGCUGCAGCUCGGGCUUGCAAAUGAGAAAUACAAAUCCGCCCCGGAGCCCAAAUCCCCCUGAAAAGCGAGGAAAUAGGCGGCUGAAGGUCACUGCUGCCUGUCCUGCUCCAGCAGCAAUCCCCCCGGGAUGAGCUGGAUCGGGGCUGCUGCUGGGGAGGGCGUUUUAAAUCCCUCCACGGCAAACGGGGCCUCAAAAACACCUGGAAAAUGUGGUGUGUCACCCUGGCCGGGCUGGAUCUGCCUAAUCCAGCUGUUUUAGGGGACAAGGGGCAGCUGAAGGGCGAAUUCUUGGGAUUUAAUGGUGUUUUGAUCCUGGGGGUGACAGGGAGGUGCUGAUCCAGAACACUGCUGAGGGGUCUGUGGCCAUGGUGGGCUCCAGCCGGCGGAGCAGCAGCAGCAGUUCUGUAAGUGGCUUUCCUCAGGGUCACCUCAACCUCCUGAUCUCUCCCUCGUCUCAAGGGUCAGCUUUUCACACCUUGUUUUCCUCACACUUUGCUCAGAGCUCUCCUGGGGUUUGGUUUGGAUUGGAAAAGCAAAGGCACUGUGCAAACCUGCCCCUCCUGCCUCAGCCCAGCUUUGAUCUGCGGGUGUCUCUGGAUUCAGCUCUCCCCAACCGCUUUCCCCGUGAGCACAGGGAGCUCCGAUGUGUCUUGGUGAAAGGAUCCUGGUAAGGAAGAACAAAGGAGAAGUCGGAGUGUUGCUUCACCGGGAUGGCUUCUGCCAGGCAGGAAGGGGUGCUGAGCAGUGCUGGGAGGAGAACUGCCCCUUUUCUCUUUUCCUGCAGGAUUUAGCUUGUGUCUCCCUAAUCUGUAUCAGCUGGGUCUGUCUUCUUGCACAUGAAAGGUCCAGGCUGUAUUUCAAAGGCAGCGUUCCCACCCGGAGCUCUCCUCGGCUUUUCCCAGCCGUGUGCCGAGUUCGGGGCCUCUCGGUUUUGGUUUUUCAAAGUGACCUUUACUGUUAAUCCCCAGCCCUAACGGGGCCGUGUGCUCGAACGGAAUGACCUGUUUCUCGGGAAUUCAGCUCCAGUUUAUCCUCAAGCUGCUUUAGCUUAAACUCUUCCCUCCCCUCCUCUUGCUCUUCUAGGUCAGAGCCUGGAUCCGAGCGCAGGUUUUGCUGUGAGGGCACCCUAAAAACGGGGAGAUGGUGACUCGUGAUUUGUUUGGAGAAAUACCCUCCUCGCCCUACAAGUCCUGUGGGAUUGCCCUUGUGGGGUUGUCUGGAGCUGCUCCACUUGUCACAGGGUGUCUGAGGGUCAGCAGGGCACACGGGGGAACCUUGUGACAAACCCCUGUCUGUCUGUCUGUCUCUCUGUCUGUGGGAUGGUGCGUCCCUGUCACGGCGGCUCCUGUGACCCUGAGUGCCACCGAGGGAAGUGUCACCCUGGGAGUAACCAGCUGGAGCAGGGACGUGAUGUGUGACGUUCCCGUGGCUCGGGAGCGGAGGUGACGGCCCUGGCACGGCUCCUGCGCUGGCUCAGGGCUGUGACACACGAGCCCGAGUCGGGAGUCUCGUUACCUGGCGCUGCAUCCCUGCUAAUUCCCUCCGGCGGCUGAUCCGGCACGGCCGGGGCUCUGCCCCGGAGCAGCUCGUGCCAUCCUGGCCCCGCGAUCCCGCUGCGGGGGAUCACAGGGAAAAGCGUUCCUGUUCCAACUCGUCCCAGACAAGCACACUGGGAGCCGUCUCUGUGAUCCUGCUCUGGUGGGAAAGGCACAGGCUGGAUGUGUUUGCUGGGCGUCAUUCCCGAUUCUGGAGUGUCUGGGGGAUCGGGAUUGUUGGCUCUUGGGUGUGAGGCCUCGAGCUGGGGCUUGACGGUGGAGGGCACUUCCACCAGGGAACUGGGAGCCUCAGGUGGCUCGGAAAACGCCGGGAGAUAGAGGGAGGAAAGCCUUCCUGACAAGGCUGUAGCUGAGGAAUUCUCACUGGGUAGAAGGGCUGAUCUUAAUUAAAAGGCAGUUUAUGGAUUUAUUUAUUUCCCUGAACCACGGAACUGGUGGUUUCCCGAGGGCAGGGGAGCCACUGGCAUCACAGCUGUGCGGCUGCUCCGUGCUUCCCAUUCUCACAUGUCUGACAGGUGAUGAUGGACCUGUGUCCCAUGGGAUCAGUAAAUUGUAGUUUAUCCAGCAGGAGAUGAGUCCGAUGAGGGAUCUGGUUGUUAAUACCUGAUGCAAACCUGGGUCACAAAGGAACUUUCACGGGGACAGGGGCUGUUCCUGUGGCCUCUGUCACUGCCCUCGGGGUCAGAAAUGGGGAGUUUCAGGUGUGAAACUGCCCUGUCCUUUCCUCAUGUUGGUGUUGUGGUCCCCGUUAGUGACUGUGGAAUAGGUUUUCCUGAGGGAAGGAUGUCUGUGGCCCAGAGAGGGACAUUUGUCCCCUGCCUCUGGGGCUGCCCCGAGCACCUGGGACUCUCCAUGUGGUGAGUGGGGCCUCCGGUCAUCACAUUCCUAUUCCCUGAGUGGGUGCUGCAGGAAGGCCCUACCUGAGUGCUGCUGUCAGUGGCACGAGCCUGACAGGGAACUGUGACUUCCCGGUGAUUCAGGCUCCUCUUCCUGUCCCCCCCUCUCUCUGUGCUCAGUCUCCGGUGCUGACCGGAGCUACCGGGCCCCAGGAGCUGUUCCAGGGGAGCUGUGGUGCCAGGACAGGUUCGUUUUGGGCUGGUGAUGAGAUGGGUUGGAACAUCAUCAGAUCCAUCUUGGGAAAGCUGGUUUCCCUGGCUGCUUGGAGAGCUUUGGUUGGGGCUUUGGAGCUGUGGGGUGCAGAGAGCCUUCCGUGUUGGGGGGUUAUUGAUGCUGUUGUUGGGAGCCACAGGGACAGCCUCGCACUGCUCUGGCUGCUCCAGAGACGGAGACGUCUGGCAGAUUUACCCUGGCCGUGGCCGGAGAGGCCCCGGGGCCGUGUGCCAGGGCUGGCUGUGCCUCCUGCAGGCUCCUGUCACAUUCCCACAUGAGCAUUCUCUGGCUGCAGCUGGAGGAGCUGGAUGGAUGGUGGCAGAGCUGCUUGGCUGGGUUUUCUCUGCUGAGCGAGGUCCUCGUGUGAGACACGUCCUGGGUAUCAUCUCCAGGCUCUCUGGGGGCCCUGGGGAUUUGGAGUUGGGAUGUGCUGUCCCACUUCUGGGACCUGCUGCUCCAGGGUGUUGGGAGGACUUGGGAGUGCAGAUCCAGCUGCUGCCCCACAGAAGCUCCAGCUCAGCACCAGCACAGCACCCCGGGGCUGUGUUUCUCCGCGGGCUUUCCCCUCCAUUCCCUCACCGCUUCCUCCCUUCCCGCAGGCAUGAGUGCCCAGGCCUGCCCCCAGCACUGAGCAGCCGGAGCCGCCGGGAGCCAGGCCAGGAUGCCGAUCCCUCCUCCCCCGCCGCCGCCCCCGCCCCCGCCGCCCCCCACCCUCGGUCAGGCGAACACGGAACCGCCCAAGCUGAGCCGGGAGGAGCAGCGGGGCCGCGGGGCCCUCCUGCAGGACAUCUGUAAAGGGACCAAGCUCAGGAAAGUGACCCAAAUCAACGACCGGAGCGCGCCCAUCCUCGAGAAGCCCAAGGGCAGUGGCGGCGGCAGCUACGGCUCCGGCUCAGCCGCCAUCCAGCCCAAGGGUGGCCUAUUCCAAGGUGGCGUUCCCAAGCUCCGACCUGUGGGAGCCAAGGACAGCUCAGACAGCUCCACCAAACAGACCCUACAAGUGCCCGGCUCCCGCGCAGCCGCCCCCAGGCCCCCGGUGCCGGCCAGCAACAGCCGCCCUCAGGACGAUGCCGACAGCAGCCGGGGGUCCCCGCCGGAGCUGCCACGCACGCAGAGACCCUCCCUGCCCGACCUGUCCCGGCCCGGCACGGCUGGCGGCACCGGCAUGAAGCACAGCUCCUCAGCCCCACCGCCUCCGCCGCCGGGACGCCGCGCUGCCGCCCCCCCAGCCCCCCCUCCGGCGCAGGCCAAGGCCUCGCCCUACAACCGGGAGAAGCCGCUGCCGCCCACCCCGGGACAGCGCCUGCCCGGCAGCAGGGACGGACCCCCCGCCCCGCCGCCCGUCAAGCCCCCUCCCCCAGUCAGCCUCCGGACGGGCUCAGGGGCUCAGGGCCAGUCUCUCGCCCCCCCGCCGCCCCCUUACCGGCAACCGCCCGGUGUCCCCAACGGCCCCUCCAGCCCCGGCAGUGAGUCGGCCCCGGAGCUGCCGCAGAGACACAACUCCUUGCACAGGAAGGCACCGGGCCCGUUGCGGGGUCUGGCCCCACCGCCGCCCACUGCUGCCUCCCCCUCCCUGCAGAGCAGCCGCCCCCCCCCGCCGGCCAGAGACCCCCCGAGCCGCGGAGCAGCGCCCCCGCCCCCUGCCGAUGCUGCGGAAUGGGGGCGCGAUGCCCCCACCCGCCCCUACAGACUGCACGGCCCUGCCGAGCCCCCCAGCCGGGGGAAGCCCCCGCCACCGCCCACCAGGACCCCGGCCGGGCCACCGCCGCCGCCACCGCCCGUGCGGAACGGGCACCGCGACUCCAUCUCCACUGUCAGAGCAUUCCUGGAUGACUUUGAAUCCAAAUACUCCUUUCAUCCCGUUGAAGACUUCCCAGCCCCAGAGGAAUAUAAAUACUUCCAGAGAAUCUACCCCAGCAAAACAAACAGAGCUACACGUGGGGCCCCCCCUCUGCCCCCCAUCCCCAGGUGAAACCGGGCUGUGCAGGUGGAUUGUUCCGGAGCAGACACACGGACCUCCUUCCCCUCCCUCAGCCGGACCCCUCCUAGCACCCAACCCCCCGGAUCCUGCAUGGCACACUCCCGGCCUCUCCGCCUUCCCCAGGACCAGCGGAUCCGCCCAGCCCAGCGCCCUCCACCAGCCCCCCCCUCAUCUAUGCACCCCUCGGGACUCAUGGCAAGCCUGGAUGGGUCCAUCCCUCGUUCCUCCUCAUGGAUCCUGGGCAGGGAUCAGCCUGGGAGCUGGGCACCGGACUCUGGGCUGAGCCGUGUGCCGGCUUUGGGGACCAGGGGGCUGGUGGAGAGGGGCUGGGGAUGGACAUGCCACAAGACCUCUGGAGCGAGGGGGAGCAGGGACAGGCCUGGGGAGCCUGGUUAUCCCUGGAGAGCCUCAUUAUCCCGCUGGAACCUCAUUAUCCUGGGAGAGCCUUGUUACCCCGGCACAGCCCAUUGCUUUUUUGCACAGGAGCCAUUAGAGGGGGAGGGUGAGUGGGACCAUCCAGGGAUACCCUGGCAGCGCUGGGUGGGGGGGACCCCCAUCCCUGUCCCCUCUCAAACCGGCACUCCCCACCCUGGGCUGGGCUGGGGUUUGGGGGGGUCCUCUGACUUUCACUGCUGAACCCCCAAACUCAAGCAUUUUAACAAGGAAACACUAAUUAUCUUGGGGGGGGGGCAGUUUGUGCUGGUUCUGACACGUCAGGGGGCACAUUGGGGGGUCCCUGGGGGGGCCAGUGACGUUUUGCCUUACACACUCCCUGUCCGACGGGUGGUCCCGGCCGGACUCUCCGUGUUCCCGCGGGGGGGGUCACACUAACGUAGUUACUGAUCUCUUUGUACCUGUCAAGCGCCGUAGGAGGAUGGUGGGGGGGCUGCAGGGGGGCUGCACCCCCUCCCCAAGAACGGUUUGGGGUUGGUUUGGGUGGUUUUUUUUCUAUGGCGAUGGACCUUUCCCUGUUGGGGUUGGAGCGAUGCGGGUGAAGGGUGAGGGGUGUUUGUUUGGGGGGGUUCUCUGGAGGAUGAGCCCCCCCAGCGCUGCCCUUUGGGUUACAUAAAAGGGUCAACACGGUUCUGCCCCUCCCGGAGCGAGGGACCCUCCUAAGAGGGAACAGAGGGAAUUGGAGGAGCUGGAAAUCGCAUUUAAAUAAAAGUAAUAAAGUGAUAAA